AUGAAAGAGUACAUUUUCUUUUUCCUUUUCCAGCUCUUUGACCAAGAAUGUUCGAGGCUUUGGCUAUUCCCGGAACAUCGUCGGUCCAUAUAAUUACAAUUUAGACUUCCCCUUAGGCUUCAGCUGAAAUGCAGGGACAUUUUAAGGCAUAAUAACAUGAUUGUCAAGUUGCACUAUGUUAUUGCAUAGUUCUAUUUGAACUGUAUAUCGCAAAAAAGCUAACAUGCACCUGCCCGCUGGUUUCUAUGAAAGAUUUGGUUAUCAGGGGAUGUUUGCAUGCUAACGAAUCUAGCUUAAAUCUGAAACUGGUUCAAACAACUUUCCUAAACAAUUUCCUUUAAAAGAAGAGCUGAUAUGACUGGCCGGAAGCUCUCUUUUCUUUUCUACUUAAAGAGGAGUAAUCGAGGGAACAUGAAUAGUUAUUUUCUUUCAGCAAACAGUGUGUAACCUUAGGGAAAAGGCAUGCUUCGUACAUUAAAAGCCCAGCAACGAUUUGGUUCUUGGAUUUAGACACAUCUGCAACUAUAAAUGAUACAUCCACUUCGAUUUCAGAGGGGACCCCCGGCCCCCUACCUUCUUUUUCCUUUGCUCCUUUAAUGUCUUUCUGAUCUUCACCACCUGAGCAAAUGCAAACCCAAAAUUUCUCUCUCGCCUAUCGUUUUCUACGCACAUUUGUGCGUUUGAAAGGGGGGGCCUAGCAAGUGGGUCAGAUAUCUGUAGAAAGAAAAGUAUCUAUUAAAGAUAAUAAGCAAACAAGACGAUUAACAAGGCAAAGCAAAUACCUUUGCGUAGGUUGCUUUCCAUGCUGGCCUAGGCCCCCAGGGCAAACACCCGUAUCCUGAGCCAAAGAUCGGCUGACCCACAUGACGACAUGCACAUAUUCUCGAUUUAUUCAAAUGAACCACCUGCAUUUCCUCCUCUAUAUAUACAUGUCUAUCGAAGGACCCCUAUCUAUUAGCAUCAGAUACUCAAAAUUAAUCAAACUUGUCUCCUAGUUACAAGUGCUAGUUUUGUUGUUAAUGGCCUACUUUCACUCUGCUAACAGUAGCUCAUCAUUUACUGAUGGGUCUUCUUCCGUGGCAAUCAGCAACAGCAGCAAAGAGAAGAAGAAGGCUGGCAAAAGGAACAAAGGUGCGUUAAGGCUAUCGACCGAUCCACAGAGUGUGGCUGCUAGAGAAAGGAGGCAUCGAAUCAGCGAUCGUUUCAAGAUCUUGCAGAGCAUGGUUCCUGGAGGAACUAAGAUGGACACCGUCUCCAUGCUCGAUGAAGCUAUUCAUUAUGUAAAGUUCCUGAAAACUCAGAUAUGGCUUCACCAAGCCAUGAUCAACUGCGUAGAUGAUGACCCAUCUCUAUUUUUUCCAAGCUCUUUUCCUGUUCAAGGAAAUAUUUACCCAUCAAACACCAACCUAAACCCUGCAGCAGUACAACCAUCACAGCUGCUGCCAUUGCCGGCUUCUUGCUUCCAAGGUGACCAACGAACCAUGCCUUAUGAUGUAUAAAUGAAAAAUCAAUAAGGUUCUCGAUUGUGUACGGUUUGUUGUAAGGCAAUAUUUCUCUCGUUUUAUUGUCGUCUAGAAAUAGAAUAUUACGGAAGAAUUUGAUCAAGGGGUUGUAU